UGGGGAGCUGUAGGAAGGCCUCAAUAAGUCAUCUGGUUCAGGCCCCUGCACUAAGAUAGGACUAAGUAUUGUGUGGACCAUCCCUGACAAGCAUUUGCCUAACCUGUUCUUGAAAUCUAACCUCCCUAGAUACAUCUACAAAGGGGAAGCUUCAUUUGCGAGCAGGUCCUGCUGAAUUAUCCUUUGGAGAACUGAGCAGGUAUAAGUGACAAACUUCACGCAGCCCAAUUGUAAUGCCAAAAUAAAACCCUUAACAGGGAACCAGAGGGCCUCUAAAAUGAAAUUAAGCAGCAGAUGAUAUUGCAUUAAAUGAAUGACAACUAGAAAAAGGGAAUCUGCUUACGUAUGACCAGGAUCAGUUUGCAAGUUAGCUGCUCUGACACCUGGGAGUCUCGUAAACGUGAGAAAUGUCUUCUGAUGAUCACUGGUCUGCGGAGGAAGAGAAUAGUCAAGUAUCUAAACUGACACGGAAAGCCAGAGAUUCUCCAUUUGUUCCUGUAGGGAUGGCAGGCUUUGUUGCUGUUGUGAGCUAUGGUCUCUACAAGCUAAAACACAGAGGAGAUCAGAAAAUGUCAGUCCAUCUCAUUCACAUGAGAGUUGCAGCACAAGGCUUUGUCGUAGGAGCAAUAACAAUAGGUGUUCUCUUCUCUAUGUAUAAGGAUUACGUUAAACCUCAGUUCAAGAAUGGGGCCAAAAAGUGAACCAACUCCAUAGGACCAAGCAGGAGAGGAAAGCAUAUGUUCAGAAUUAUUUAUUUAGAAUUUCUAUAUGUAAACCUUGUAAGAAUUUUAAGUAAUCACCACCAGGACUUCUGUUAGCUCUGUCAUUGAAUGGCUGCUCUAUGUUAAAGCCAACUGUUGGGAUCAAUACCUAAACUCACAAUAUCCAUGUCUAUGAUGCUAGAGGCAAUAGACUCAUCAUGACCGACAGCACAGUCAGUACCAAUUUUUCAGCAUUCCCAGCCAGCUAGAGUACUGUGCAAGGAGGAGAACAGUUAUCUAGGGCAGAGGCAGCCAUCUACCUACAUCAAGCUCAGAAUGUUGCAGUACUCCUCCCAUGCAGCCUAGUUAGGAAAGAGGGCUACAGUAUGGUAAGAGAGCAUUACAAGAUUGUUCUUUGGGGUUGGCAGUAGACAGCUAACAGAAGCCCUGAAUAGUCGAAUGUCGUGUACCACAGCUGGUUGUCUAAAUGUUUUGUACGAAUAUAUUUUGUCAGCUGCUGUUUGUUUAUGCUAUUUUAUUUAUUAAAUCUUUAUAUAUAGCGUAACCCACUUGGUUACAAUAAAAUACUCGUUUCAACUUGCUGAAGCCAACAGUUACAGUUACAAUAAGUAGAUUUUGAACAGGUGCUCACCAUGAAAUACUGGGUCAAUGCUCUUUGGCCUGUUGCAUAUUUCAUGUCAUUGCUAUUGAGACCUUCACCUGCCGGACAUACUCUGUUUAACAGAGAUGCUCUCUAAACCACAGCAGUGAUUAACAUGAUACAAGUAACGAGAUAACUAGCCUCUUCCUUCCAACUAAAGCAAGUGUUUGCAAACAAAAGCUCUGGCAGCUAUUUAAGAACUCCCCAGAGAUAACACAUUAGAGGGACUCCUGGUUCAGUUACUGUACAGCUGAGACUUGCCUGACAAGGAAAGAUGGCAACAAAUUACAGCUAGCACCAACUGGGGUAGAGACCAAGGCUAGAGGCAGGCUGCCUAUAGAGAGAAUCAGCUGAGGAGGGACUAUUCCUCAGCUUUAAACCAAGAUCCUUAGUGGCCCUUGUAUGUAGCUACAGCAGCAAGCAGAAGCCCAGUAUCUAAAUGACACUAGGCCAACUUGCUAGAUGCCUAAUUCACAUUGGCGAAGGUAAUAUUGUAAUGGGAUUUACUCAAAACAAAAACAAGUACCACCUGCAACAGACUUAGGCUAUGUUUACACUUCAGGCCUUACAGCGGCAUUGCUGUACAAGCGGUAAGGUCUCCUGGGUAGCUGUGCUUUGCCAGCAGGAGAGAGCUCUUCUGCUGGCAUAAUUAAACCAUCCACAAUGAGCAGCAUUAGCUAUGUUGGCAGGAGAGGCUCUCCUGUUGACAUAGUGCUGUCCACACCAGCACUUUUGCCAGUGAAACUGAUGUUGGUAAGGGGUGGGUGGUUUUUCUUCUACACACUUCUGACCUACAAAAGUUUUACUGACAAAAGUAGUAGUGUAGACAAAACUUUAGUGUGAGAGAGAGAGUAUCCGAAUAAGACUCAUUUUGCAAAAACAUUUACAGCAUGUGUUUCCACAUUAACUGGUGGAAACUUGGACACCAUUGCCCAUGCUAUACUUCAAUCCAAACUUUAGGGUCUCUCUACAGUUUGAAGCCAGAGAAUAUCCUCUGGUGUAUUGCAUUCAGUACUCAUACUGGGGGCAUUUUACUUCCCUCGCAUGUAAUAGCUACAAGUUUUUGCAGUUCAUACUGUACAGUCUGUUCUUGUACAGAAAACAGCCAGUGAAAGUUAUUAACUUUCUGGGUAAUCUGAUCUGAAGAAUAUCAGCAUUAUUUCUUAAGCAAAUGAAGCCUGAACAGAAAAAGCUAAAGUGAAUUUGACACAUUUAUUUGAUAGUCUGGAAUUCCAUCAUGUUCAUCACAAGUCAAAGUAUAAUCAAUAUAUUUAAUAAAUUAGUGCCAAAUACACAGGGAUAGAAAUGCUUCAUUGGUAAGAGAUUUAAUUAAAAAACAGAAAUAAGAUGCCUCAGAACUGAGCCUACAUAGACAUAUAUAAAAAUAUAAUUCAGGGCAUCUUCCAUGUGAAGGCAAUUCCUGCCUCAGGGUUCUUAGCACAACUGCAAAAGAUUUAUCCUUUUAAAAACAAAA